AGAUCGUCGAGUGGUAGUUUCGGCAGUGCUCCUUGAUUCGCCUGUUUGCAGGAGGCCACAGCCAGGCCGGCGCUGAAGUCAUGUUUCGCAACCAGUAUGACAAUGAUGUCACUGUUUGGAGCCCUCAGGGCAGGAUUCAUCAAAUUGAAUAUGCAAUGGAAGCUGUUAAACAAGGUUCAGCCACAGUUGGUCUGAAAUCAAAAACCCAUGCAGUGUUGGUUGCAUUGAAGAGGGCACAGUCAGAGCUUGCAGCUCAUCAGAAAAAAAUUCUCCAUGUUGACAACCAUAUUGGUAUCUCAAUUGCAGGACUUACUGCUGAUGCUAGACUGUUAUGGGUAUCUAGCCAGUCCCUUGAUCAUUUAAGUCAGCACUGUAGUGAUAGCAUUAUGGAGACCCAGAUACCAACACAGCGAUAUGGCCGGCGACCGUAUGGUGUCGGGCUGCUUAUUGCUGGCUAUGAUGAUAUGGGCCCUCACAUUUUCCAAACCUGUCCAUCUGCUAACUAUUUUGACUGCAGAGCUAUGUCUAUUGGAGCCCGUUCUCAGUCAGCUCGUACUUACUUGGAGAGACAUAUGGCUGAGUUUAUGGAUUGUAAUUUGAAUGAACUGGUUAAGCAUGGUCUGCGUGCCUUAAGGGAGACACUUCCUGCAGAGCAAGACCUAACUACAAAGAAUGUUUCCAUUGGAAUUGUUGGUAAAGACUUGGAGUUUACGAUCUACGAUGAUGAUGAUGUGUCUCCAUUUCUGGAAGGUCUUGAAGAAAGACCACAGAGAAAGUCACAGCCUGCUCAACCUGCUGAUGAACCUGCAGAAAAGGCUGAUGAACCAAUGGAGCAUUAAAUGAUAAACCAGUGUAUAUGUGUAUUAUCAAAUAUGUAAGAAUGCAGGAAUGCAUACUGAUAACAAUAAUCUUUACUUUGAACCAAAAGAUGCAAAAGGGUGGAAUGGUAUGUUUCAGGAAUCAGAUGUUUUUUCCAAGCAACCUCACUGAAAUCAUAUAAUGGGGUACAUUUUUCUUUGAGGGCAUCUAUAAAAUCAUUUUCUAGAAAGUAUAGGUAUCUGUACUAAUGUUUUUAUAUGAAGAAAAUAGUGUCUUUGCAGUUUUAAAGGCAAUUGUGAAAUAAAAUAGUUUCACCUGCU